UCAAGAUCUGUGCAGCAAAAUGUCAACUGAGAAAAAAGGAAAGAAAAGAAGCAAGUCCUUCUAUAGAAAAUCUGCAUAUGGAUCAAAGCGUCCUAGUCCUGGGGCUAAUAUUUUACAAAAAGGCAUGAAAGGAUUUCUUGUCAUGUGCAAUAGCAAUAAAAGUAGUGCAGUCAGAGAGUGCUACAAUAUCCUAAAUGAAUGUACCGAUCAGUUAUAUGGUCCAAGUCAGGUAAUGACAGACACCCACCAAGUAAACAAUAAUACAAACCAAGACAGUGAUGAUGAAGAUGAUGAUAAUGAUCUGGAGAAAGCACUAAAAAAAGAAGUUCCAGGAUUAAAAACCUAAACACCAGUACAAAAUAGAUUCCAAAAUGUACUGAGCAAUGCUAAAAAUUGUGUCUUCAUCAGCACAACUGUGGAAGAUCCUAUAAAACUGGUGACAGGUAUAAUGGAGGAUAUAGCCCAGCAUGGUUUGAAGAAAGCUCGUUACGCAGCUCGUAUUUUGCCAAUUGUAGGCACCUGCAAAGCACACACAGAUGACAUUGAAACGACUGCAUCUACUGUGUUACAUCCCAUCUUUUGUGAUUAUCCCCCGCCACGUACACUGUUUUGUUUAAAAUCUAGAAACAACAAUGGGAACACGUGUCCUAAAACACAGGUAAUUCCAGCUAUCACGCGGGCUGUGGAGAAGGUUAAUUCCAGGUUAACUUUUUCUUGGAAUGACUACCAGGUAGCUAUAGGCCUACUGGUAGAAGUUUUGUGCACGGUGUGCUGUAUAGGGGUAGCACCUGAUUAUAUAAGGCUGCGCAAGUACAACCUACAAGAGCUGCAGCAGGGUCCUAAAAUAAUAGAGAAACUUGGUCCUAAAGAAUCAUCUGAGGUACACCCUACACAAAAUAAUUAUUGCUUAACUACUAAUCAAUUCCACUCACAGUAA